AUGUUGUUGAGUAAUUUCAAAGUCAGCGCAACCGAUCGCGAGCUUCGCACGGUGCUCACAGGCCUCUGCAACAAUGACACAACCAAGAGGAAGGCUGAGAAGCUGUUUCGCCAGCCCGAUCAGGCUGCAGCGGCAUACCAGCAGCGCAUCGUUGAAAUCGACUACGCGAGCGAGGCAUGGGUGGACUGCUACGGCGACGAGAUCCACGACAGCCCGGAGAUGUGCGAGGACAAACCCCAGGGAUUCAUGUGGAGCUGCUGCGAAGAGAGUUCUGAGUCGCCCGGAUGUUUGCGUGGCGCUCAUAAGCAGGGCGGCGAAAAGAGGGCAAGGUCUUCUCCUUUGAGGCCGACGAGAGGGAGCGCCAGCAAGAGGGCAAGGUUUGUGCACUCUCCCCAACGAGAGGACUAAAUGACUGGGGCUGAGACGAGCAGGACUGAGUGAGUGUGUUGAGCAAGGCGAUGCCUCGCAAAAUCCCUUGCGUGCGAUUGAUGGCUUUUCCCUCCAUUGAUCGCCGCUGCAUAUCGCUGGGACCUGGGCCUUGGUCAGGUCAAGGAGAAGAGGCUUUGGGGUGCCCUCUUGAAUAUUGCUGAUAAGGUACCCGGCAAUGUGCCCCUCGUGAU